GCUAAACAAAGCACUGCAAACCACGAUUACUGUAAACUAACAUUGUUUGAGGAGUUGAGAAAAUAUUUACAAUUGCAUUAUUAUUAAGUGUUGAAUGAAUCUUAAAAUUGAUUCAUCAUAAAUUAGCAUGGCGUUUGUUGACGGUACGUCAACUAAAAACAAUGAAUUUUUAAAUCGGCUGGAAGUUGAUGUCGAAGAAGGAGACUUCAUUGACCAUUGGGACUCUGGAGAACUGCUUUUUUUAGCUUCAUCAGUCUUGAGAAGUGAUAGAAAUUGGGCUUCAGUUGCAAGAUCUAUCAAGCCAUAUGGCGAACAGACUAGGCCAUCUGAUUGGUAUACUCCAAAGAACUGUGCCCUUCAAUACCAAAAAUUACUCAAUGACAUUGAAGAAGAUGCAAAGCAAAAGACAUUACCUAGAAUUGAAAGAGAAACCUCAGAGGUAAUGCUUGUAAAAAGUCUUACAGAGAAGAGAUUGAAUGAACUAGAAUGGAUGAACCAACAGACUAAGGCUGCUGCAAACAUAACAAAAACGUAUUUAGAAAUGGUAGAAAGUGGAGAUUUUGAUGAAAACUUGGAUGAUAUUUUGAAACAAAUAGAGGAAGAGGAAAAGAAUGAAGAAGAAAAGUAUAAUGAAUAUCUCAUGAAAAGAGAAAGCUUAAAUGCUGCCAAGAGACUGAAUAAGAGUCGAGUAAUUAAGAGCAAAGCAAAAGCCAAAAUUGUAGAACCUAAGAAAAGGUCUGGUUUCUCAGAGACUACUGAAGAAUCCUUGCAAAUUAAGGAAGAGGAUGAGAUAUUAAAGAAUAUUAAAAAAGAGAUUCCUUCAGAUGAUGAUUCUGCUACUUCUAUUAAGCCAUGUAUUGUGAAAACUGAAAUGGAUACUCCCAUCACUUUAAAUGCUCUUCUUGAUUCUAAAGUGACGCUUCCAUCUUCAGUUGCUCCGUCAUCACCAUUUUUAACUUCGCUUCUUCGUAACAUUACUUCAUCAGCUAAUUCUCAGAGUGUUGCUUCACUUAGUUCAUUAAAAGAGGUUAAAUCUGAAGGGCCAUCUCAGCAGCUUAGCCAAUCCUCUUGUGCAGAGAAUUCUAAAAAAAUUGAUGUCUUUCUCACACCGGCAAAAAUCCCUUCUACAGGCAUCUCGCCUCUGCUAGCAUCUCUGCUCAAAUCUGCCACUGUUCCUCUAUCAACACAUGGCAAUUGCAUGGCUGCUACACUUUCUAAAGAGUCAGUUCCGAUGGAUGAAUCUGAUAAUUCAAAAGGUGAGAGUGAACUAUCAAUUAAAUCCAGAGAGGCUUCGCCCAGAUCUUCUGUCCCACAGUCUCCUUAUCCUACUCCUGCAUCAUCGCCAUUAUUAAAUUCACUUCUAAAGAAUUCUCCCUCAUCAUCAACCUCCUUCCAGUUACCAACUGGAAAAGAAAUUUCGCCUAAGGAGGUGUCGUCACCUCAACCAUUUUUCAAUCCUACUAGUGCAUUGGCUACUGCUGCUGCCCAGCAACUUGCAGUAGCAACUUCUACAAACCCAUUAAGUCAUCAGUUUUUCCAACCACAUGAAAUGUCAGAAAGUUCUAAAAAUAGUUUGCAGUCAUCACCCGUAACUUCUGCCUCCCUCUCAGCUCCAACUUUGUCUAAACUUUUGGAAAUGCCGCCGAGUACUCCUGGUAGAUUACCCCCUCUUCCUGUCCUGGAUCCACCUACUACACCUAUAAUAUCUACUCCACCAGUUGUAAUGGAGCACAAUCCAUUAGCAUCAAAAACCGCCACUGUUCAAAUGGUUCAAGUUGCAAAGAAAUCUCUGCCCGAGUCUCCUGUUAAGGAGUCAACAGUAAAUAAAGAAACUGUAGAGCCUAAUUUUUCAACUGAUACUUCAGUACUCCAGAAGAGUUUACAUUCUUAUUCCCUUGCUGAUAAACGGGCUGUUACAUCAAUCAGCUCAAAAGAAAGUAGUAUUUUCCCCUCUAAUGAAAAAGCGUCUGAAAAAUCUAUAAGUAAUCCAGAGGAUACUUCUCAAGAAACUGAUGCCCUGUUUGAAGCAAUGUUUGAGAGUAUUAAUCAACCUUUUGAAGAUAAAAGUGAAAAUGAAAGUUCUAAAGAAGAUCAAGUCAACACAACUCAAAGUGUUGAAGAUCAACUUGAUCUACCAGAUGUUUCUCAGAAACAAACAAGUUCUGAGAAUAUUGAAAAAGACACGUCUAAGGAAGAACUUACCGAAGCAAAAAAUCAGCCUUCUGUUCUCCAAGAAAGUACAAAAAAUAAAACCAGUUCUACUGCUAUUAAUAUUAGCCAAGAAGUACCUACUUCAAGCGAAACUCCUGUAUCUGAAUCUAUCCCUAUGAAAAUUGGGGAUGCAACUUCAGAAGAAGUUAGUGAAAGAAAAUUUUAUAAGAGCCGAGUUGUCAAUAAAAAGGAAGAUAAUGCCGAAAAACGUAUUGAGUCUACAUCAUUAUCCAAUUCUCCGAGGAAAUCAAGUCUUAUGAAAGUGGAACCAGAAAAUCAGAUAACUUCAGUUCGAGAAAAUGUUUCUUUAUUAAAAGAGGUUGUAGAAUCUUUUGAUUCUAUUUCAGAAAAACAGCAGGAUUCGAAGUCAAGUAAAUCAAGUGACUCUAAAUCGCCUAUUUCUAAAAAGCCUAGAUUUUUUGAAAAGAGUUCGCCAGAUAAAGUUGACUUGAGCGAAAAUGAAACACCAGCAAUUGUUAGGCGAUCUGGAAGGAGAGGCAAGAAAGGUUUAGGUAAGACUAUUAAAAAUGCUCCUCCUAAACAAAUUGAGCCAAAAGACCAAUAUGAAUUUACCGAAAGUACAGAGGAAAAUUCAGUUGGCUAUCAAGCAUCAAAUACAUUAUGUUACAUGCCUCGAAUAAAAGAGGAUUCCCGGUCAGAAGAUUCCAAAGAUAAACUGACUUUUGCCCAGGAAUCAGAAGCAUCGAAUACCAGUACAGCAUCAACUGAAAAGAAAGUUACCACACCUGUCCGCAUUAAACCAGAAGUCACAAAUGCUCAGACAUCCCAAGUUCGAAAAGCUCUGUUUUUGGCUGAUGAUGAAAAACUAAAUGAAGAACCAAUUUCAGAUGAAGCAUCUGAUAAUGUAUUGAGUGAAGAUAAGUUGAAGAAGUGGGAAGAAACAUGUCACAAAUCAAGGAUUUCCAUGAUUAUGGUGGAGAAUAAUAGGCGCACACCAAAAAUUACAGAAUCAUUAAAGAAGAAAGUAUGGCCAGCAAAAAGAAAUUUUGCUGGCAAAACUAUACCAGGUGGCAAAGAAAGAAAAGUUAUGAGCUCUGAUGCUGAAGAUGUUUCUACAGGAUCCAGAGAUUCAGAAGAAGUGAAUAACCAAGACAAAAAUGCUCUUGAAGAAAAAGUUCCUGUGCCUGCAGCAUCUACAGAUAUGGAGAUUGAAACCAGUGAUAGCCAUCCUUCCUCUUCAAAUGCUGCUGAAUCUGACAAACAGAUUGAUGAUAUUGAUGGAAGUGAAUCAUUCCAAGACUCAAUCACUACGGAGUUUUCACCUCCUUCAGCAAAUGAAAAUAAAGAUAAUAAAGAAACUCCACAAUUUGGAAAACAAGAUUGGUUUCAUAUUGUUAGCCCAAAAAGUUCUGAAGCUGUUUCUCAGAGCUCUGAAGAAUCUGAGGAAUAUGAAUCUGAUAAUUGGGAUAAUCAAUCUGUGAGCACCAAUAAAAGUAUUUCACAUUCUACUGGAACACAAUCUCGGCCAAAAAGAAAAGAAAGAGAAACCCCUCAACAAAAGAAAUGGAAAAGAGCAAUUGGCAUUGUUUUAAGACAGAUCUCAUGUCAUAAAAAUGCCAGUGUGUUUCUGCAGAAAGUGACUAAUGAUGUUGCUCCUGGAUACUUAAGCAUUGUCCACAGACCAAUGGAUUUGUCUCUGAUAAAGAAAAACAUAGAUAAUGGAGUUAUCACAACAACUGAGGAAUUCCAUAGGGACAUAAUGUUGAUGUUCCAGAAUGCUAUUAUGUACAACAAUUCGGAUCAUGACGUUCAUCAAAUGGCUGUUGAAAUGCAGCGAGAUGUUGUGGAAUUGAUAAUGACAUUUUUAAGCACUCAGUCUGAGAAGGAUGACGUUACUGAACCAGUUUCAUCCCUUAGAGGAGCUCGGAAGUCCCAAAAGGGAUUAGGGAAACACCCAGUUUCUAGCACUUCAAAAAAACCCGAGGAAGCAGAUUGAAAAUCAGAUUUUCAAGAUAUUUAUCAGAUGCGAGUAGUUCUGAAGUGUAAUUUAUAUAAUUCCUUGUGGUGGUGUAGAUACUUCAAUAUCAUUUUCUGUGUAAAAUAUUAAUAAAUCUUCUUUUGCUAUAUUGAAGAA